AUGUUCAAGCGAUCCUUCACUACCAGGGAUGGUCGCAUCGCCAAGUCGAAGACCACUAAGACCACAUACCCCGAACAUGUGAAGAGAAAGAUGCAGGACACAGUGGAUGGGGAUUCGUCGGUGGCCAGUACAUUGACGAGUCCCAUUGUCACUCUCGUGGUGGGUCGUGAACAGCGUCUGUUCGCUGCCCACGAAGACGUCCUCUGUCAUUCAUCCUAUUUCGCCGCCGCCUUGAAGGGCAAGUUUCUUCAAAGCGCUGCGAAGAGGGUGGAACUGCCCGAUGAAGAACCGGAAGUCCUGUCUUGCGUCCUCGAGUUUCUUUACAAGGGAGACUAUUACCCCCGCUUGAUGCAUAACAAGCGCCGAGACACUUGGGAUCUGGAGGACGCCCAGGAUCUGAAAAUUGGUGGUCGCGGGAACAGCGCGGCGACAAUCUAUCUUGAGGACGCCGGCGGCGACAUCCUUCGGGAUACCGUCGUGUACUGUGCUGCCGAGAAGUACGGUCUGGAGGAUUUGAAGCGAUUGUCUCUGCGGAAACAAGGACUUCAGUCCGGAAUCCAGGUCGACGUGAUCUUACGGUCUGCUCGGUAUGCAUAUCAGUACACCCCGGACACCGAGUCGCGCCUACGUGCCCAUUACCUAGCCCUGAUCAUUCGAAGUCGCAAGACUUUUAAGAGGAGCGGAACCAUGCAGAUGGAGAUGGAGAAUGGGGGCAAAUUGUUUUUCGACCUCUUUGUGGCCAUGUGCAACCAUAUGGAUGACAUUGUGGAGAUCAGGUAA